AAUCAAUCAUCUCUAUAGUUUUCUCUAUAUUUUAUUAAUAUAUAUGUGGAAUGUUAAUGUAGAAUUUUCAUUAUAAUACAAGUCGUGUAACAGUACAUAUAAAUAUCUGACCUCGGGUUUGAGUUUGAGAUCAUCAAGAGUAGUACUAAGUACGCCGAAGAUGGCUCUCCUUGAAUCUUUACACGAGUUCACCUAUCUUAUUCUAUUCAUCUUCCUUGUAUCAAUUUUUCUCAAGUACUUACUCUUCCAUAAUAAUAAGGCGGCAACAAAAAUAGGCUUGAAGCUCCCACCAAGCCCUUCAAAACUUCCAAUCAUCGGAAACCUUCACCAACUUGGCACCAAACCUCACAUCUCUCUCCGAGACUUGUCACAAAAAUAUGGUCCAAUAUUCUACAUGCAACUCGGUCAUAUCCCAACAGUCAUAGUUUCCUCACCUAAAGUGGCCGAAGAAGUUUACAAAACUCAUGACCUUGUCUUCUCAAACCGUCCUCAAAUCAUUGCUGCCAAGUACCUCUUUUAUAACUGUAAGGACAUAGGUUUCUCACAGUAUGGUUCUUACUGGAGGUACGUAAGGAAAAUCAGUAAUCUGGAGCUUCUCAGCUCCAGAAAGGUCCAAUACUAUAGCCAUGUUAGAGAAAAAGAAGUUGCUCGUUUGGUUCGACGACUUUCGGAAUCUUAUCCUGGCACGGUGAAUCUUAGCAAGAUGCUGGGAUUGUAUGCAAACGAUGUCGUUUGUAAGGUAGUUUUCGGGAGAGACUUUUCAGAAGGAGGUGACUAUGAUAAGCAAGGUUUCCAAGAGUUGCUUGAAGAGUUUCAAGAGUUACUUGGGGGACUUGGUGUUUCAGAUUUCUUUCCUUCCCUUGAGUUUGUGAUUAGCUUAACAGGAAUGAAAUCGAGACUUAUUCAUACGUUUAAGCAGUUUGAUGAAUUGUUUGAUCGGAUCAUUGGUGAACAUCUUGAUCGUCAUGGCCAUGAUAGAGUGAAAGAUGAGAGGAGCAAGGACCUUGUGGAUGGCUUACUUGAUAUACAAAGGAAUAAUGGUUCUAGUGAGAUGACUCUAAGCAUGGAAAAUGUCAAGGCUAUCAUUCUUGACAUGUUUGCUGCAGGAACUGAUACAACUUUCAUAUCCCUUGAUUGGGGUAUGACAGAACUAAUCAUUAACCCCAAAGCCCUUCAGAAAGCACAAACCGAAAUUCAAAGCGUUUUGGGAGAAAGAAGAGUGGUUUUAGAGAGUGAUUUGCCUCAACUGAACUACAUAAAGGCAGUCAUCAAAGAGACCUAUAGACUACACCCUCCAGCUCCUGUUCUAAUGCCAAGAGAAUCCAUUGAGCAUGUAGUCAUUAAUGGGUACGAUAUUCCAGCCAAGACAAGGCUCUUCGUCAAUGCUUGGGCAAUGGGAAGAGACCCAGAAAUAUGGGAAGACCCUGAAACUUUUAGACCAGAAAGGUUUUUGCAGGGCACCCCAAUUGAUUUCAAAUGUCAUGAUUAUGAGCUGAUACCCUUUGGAGCUGGGAGAAGAAUUUGCCCAGGUAUGAAUUUUGGUAUAGCAGCUGUUGAACUUGCUCUAGCUCAGCUUCUCCAUAGCUUUGAUUGGGAGCUUCCCCCUGGUGUUACAGCUAAGGAUUUGGAUAUGACUGAAGUUUUUGGCAUCACAAUGCAUAGAAAAGUUGGAUUCGUUGUCCUUGCCAAACCACGCUUUCCAUGAUGUGGGCCUAAAUAGUUAACUGUCAAACUUUAGUCCUUUGUGAUAAAGGUUUCAGCCCAACUUGCUGCGUUUCAUGUUUCAGAUUGAAUUUUAUGACUUAUUUUAAAAAAACAAAACAAAAAGCAACUUUCAAGAUACGUCCAAACGCCUGAGAUUAGGAUCACCUUAUCUUUUUCUUUUUUAAAUGGCAAUCUUAUCUUAUCUUGACUAAUUGUUUGCUGUUAUUAUCAUAAAUCAUACCAAUUUGUGAGAUGGGAUUUGUAGUG